UUUGUUGAACCAUCAAACAUAAGCACCUUUGGAGAUCCCGAGGGGUUCAGAUGAGAAACAGCUAUCAUCCCGCGCACGACACUCUCCCUUAUCAGCGACGCAAUCAUGUCGAGGUCUUUUUACGUUGAUUCUUUAAUAAUCAAGGACACUGUGCGACCGGGACCAACUGAGCAUCCGGGACAGGAUUUCCUUAUACCCAUUAGCAUGCACUCUCCGAGCGUAAUGACGGUCACUGCUCCGGUAUGUCCGUCCAGGAAAAAUGGGACUUUCUGUGUUUGUCCGCUGUGCGUUACGUCCCACAUUCACUCUUCCCGCAGCGGCAUCCCCAUGCUGAAGGCUCAGUUUCCAGGAAUGGAGGCGCAGUACUGUCACAGAAUAGCGCAUCAGCCGUCUCCAGCACUGGCUCACCCGGGACACACACCUGUCUGCACGCCCACCUUCAGCGUCACAGAUCCCAGGAGAUACCACUGCCUUUCUAUUGGUUCUUCAGAGAGCAGCCACAUUCAGAAUGGCAAGAGGAUGCGCACGGCGUUUACCAGCACACAGCUCCUCGAACUUGAAAGGGAGUUUUCCACGAACAUGUAUCUUUCGAGACUCAGAAGAAUCGAAAUCGCCACGUAUUUGAACCUGUCGGAGAAACAGGUGAAGAUCUGGUUUCAGAACCGCAGGGUGAAGCACAAGAAGGAGGGCAAAGCCACACAGAGGAGCGCACACAGCGGGUGCAAGUGCACAAGUGGUCACACAGACUAUUCAAGAUCAGAGGACGAGGAGUCUCUAUCUCCCGCCUCUGCUACGGAAGAGAAAGACAUGUCAACAAUCUAAAAGACUCUGGAGUGAAGAUUCCCCUCUCAUUCCCACUGCUGAUACUCUGAGUGUCCUGCUGCAGUCAUGAGUUAUGGCAUCACGCAUCACCUGAGCCGAAAAACGUCCUGCAUGGAGUGCUGCAAAUAUCACCUCAUGUUUACCCCGUUGUUCAAUCAAAGGAAUAAUGUGUUGUUUUUUAAAUAUUUGGAAACGUGACUGUUUGUGCUGUAACAGACUGAUGUAGGCCUAUAAUUAAUUAUCCUCAGUGAGUGUUCUCAAAUAUUAUCCAUUUACUGCCAGUGAGGCUGUAUGUUAAUUACAUAAAUGUGUAUGGAACAUAUACACAUCAAUUUGUAAACUAUGUUUAUCUGUAUUUAUUGUAAUAAAAAUGAUGACUUGACCGUG